GACGUCACUGUUAUUUGUGUUCUGUUGUCAAAUGUUAACACAUGCAGGCGAAAGCGUGUUGUUUACUUCGUGUUAAAAUUAAUUUAAAUAUCUAAAUUACACAAAUAUCAAAAUGCUUCGGCGGCAGGCGCGUUUGCGCCGUGAAUAUUUGUACAGAAAAUCAGCGGAAGACAAACAGAAAAGUAUACAAGCAAAGAAAGAUCAGUUGAAACGGAGUUUAGAAGAAAACAUUCCUAUUCAUGGCGAUUUGAGGAAAGAAGCGAUCGCUUUACAGAAAAGGAUAGAGUUUGAGGAUAAAGGUCCUGAGCGUGCGGCCAUCAUAGGAGGCUUUAGUGGUGGAACCAACACCCUUAACUCUCAAGAUGAUGAGUACAGGUACGCUGGUGUUGAGGAUCCCAAGAUCAUGAUCACAACGUCUCGGGAACCCAGCGCCAGGCUCAAGAUGUUUGUCAAGGAACUGAGGUUAAUAUUCCCUAACAGUCAGAGGAUGAACCGAGGUGGCUACGAGAUGUCUCAACUGAUACAUGCAUGCAAGGCUAAUGAGGUCACUGACUUUAUUGUGGUACAUGAGCACAGAGGAGUUCCUGACAGUUUGGUGAUCUGCCACCUGCCCCACGGGCCCACGGCGUCGUUCACGCUGUCUGGCGUGGUGAUGAGACACGACAUCCCCGACAUGGGGCCCAUGAGCGAGCAGUACCCGCAUCUGGUCUUCCACAACUUCAAAACUGAUCUUGGGCUCCGAACUAAGAGCAUACUGAGAUAUCUUUUCCCCGUGCCAAAACCGGACUCGAAACGCGUGAUCACUUUCGCCAACCACGACGAUUAUAUAUGUUUCAGGCAACACACAUAUAGAAAGGCAGGCAAAGAUAUAGAGCUGACAGAAAUUGGACCCCGUUUUCAAAUGAAACUUUACGAGAUAAAAUUGGGAACAUUGGACGCCUUGCCCGCCGCUGACACGGAAUGGGCUUUAAGGCCUUACAUGAAUACAGCUUCCAAGAGAAGGUUCCUCAGCGAUGAAGACGGCUGGCAGGAGAAUGAGGAUGAAUGAUAAAUAAAUAUAUAUUUUUUUAUA